AUGAAGAACAAGAUUUAUUCAGGUGCUUUUCUCUUCAUCUUAAUUAUUCUUGCUACGAAUUGGUUGAGCAUUGAAGCUCAAAAAUGCAAACCUAGUGGCAACAUUAGGGGGAAAAAGCCUCCUCGAGGAAAAUGUAACAAAGGGAAUGACUCCGAGUGCUGCAAAAAAGGCCAGCUUUACCCCAUCUUCAAGUGCUCGCCGCAGGUGUCUAAGCAAACGAAAGCAACCUUGACCAUCAACAGCUUUCAAAAGGGUGGUGAUGGCGGCGGUCCAUCAGCAUGUGAUAAUAAGUACCACUCGGAUAAGACCCCUGUUGUGGCAUUGUCAACGGGGUGGUUCAACAAAAGGAGACGGUGUUUAGGCCAUAUUACCAUCCAUGGUAAUGGAAGGAGUGUCAAAGCGAUGGUUGUCGACGAGUGUGACUCCACCAUAGGAUGUGAUGCCGAGCACGAUUACCAGCCUCCGUGUCCUAACAAUAUUGUUGAUGCCUCUAAAGCUGUUUGGAAGGCCUUGGGAGUGUCAGAAGGUGACCCCAGACGGGGUUUUAUGGAUAUAUUCUGGUCUGAUGCCUAA